AUGGCCGCUACACUCCCUCGCUACCGUUGCCUGAACGGCCAUCCGUGGUCCUCUCCGUUCAAAGUCUUUCUUCCUCCAACCUCGACAUCGGCAUCGACAUCGGCCGCAUCACGAACAUUCGCCACCACGACUGAUGACCUCCCAACCAGCAAACCACGAGUACGUGCGACCACCUUCGCCGACAAGCUCAAUGCCGGUCCAUCCUUCUCCGACUUUGUCUCAGGGAACGAACCGCCCUUGGAGCCCUCGGAAGCAUAUGCCUUGAAAACCGCCCUCGUCGGACCCAAGGGCAAGCAGAAACAGAUCACCCGCCUGCCUUCGUGGCUGAAAACACCGAUCCCGGACAGCUCCUCCUACAAGAAGAUUAAAAAUGACUUGCGCGGCUUGAAUCUGCACACUGUGUGCGAGGAGGCUCGAUGCCCCAACAUCUCAGACUGCUGGGGAGGGAGCAGCAAGUCGGCGGCCACGGCCACCAUCAUGUUAAUGGGCGAUACGUGCACCAGGGGUUGUCGCUUCUGCAGCGUCAAGACCUCAAAGACACCUCCGCCGUUGGAUCCCCAUGAGCCGGAACACACGGCUGAAGCGCUCUCGCGAUGGGGUCUAGGCUACGUUGUCCUCACCAGCGUCGAUCGGGACGACCUGGCGGACGGAGGAGCCCACCACUUCGCAGAGACGGUGCGCAAGAUAAAAUCCAAAGCGCCGACCAUCCUGGUCGAGUGUCUGACUGGCGACUACGCGGGGGAUCUGGAAAUGGUCAAAGUCGUCGCGACAUCAGGAUUGGACGUCUACGCACACAACAUUGAGACGGUCGAGGCAUUGACGCCGCAGGUGCGCGACCGACGCGCCACGUUCCGACAAUCCCUCAGCGUGCUGAAGGCCGCCAAAGCCGCGCAGCCGGGUCUCAUCACCAAGACAUCGAUAAUGCUGGGCCUCGGCGAGACGGAGGACCAAAUCUGGGAUGCGCUGCGAGAGCUGCGCGCCAUCGCCGUCGACGUCGUGACGUUUGGCCAGUACAUGCGUCCCACGAAGAGACACAUGGCCGUGCACGAAUACGUGACGCCAGACGUCUUUGAACAGUGGCGUGUCCGGGCGCUGGAGAUGGGCUUUCUAUACGUGGCGAGCGGCCCAUUGGUGCGCAGCAGUUAUAGAGCCGGAGAAGCGUUUAUCGAGAACGUGCUGAAGAAGAGGCGAGCCGGCAGAGGGGAGACGGCGAAUGCGGAUUUGGCAGGGGAUAUAACUGAUGGAAAGAGUGUGCAGGUUGGGAAGAUUUGA